UUGUAAACAAAGUCGGCUCGACGGUCAGGGUCUCCCUACAAGAAUAAUGGUUAUGCUAUGUUACAGAUUUGCUCGGCAUAUUAGAAGAUCAUCCACAUGGCUACACAAAGGACGGCCACUGUCGCAGUAUAUAAGAGAUUUUUCGUCCAGUGACACUCAAGGACAAAGUGAUAACCACUAUGACAUUGUCAUAUCUGGAGGAGGAAUGGUUGGAUUUGCCAUGGCCUGCUGCCUGGGCCAGAGCAGUCGAUUAAGUGAUAGAAAGAUACUGUUAUUGGAGGGUGCUCCAAAGAAAGAUUGGCAUAUACCAGAAGAAUUUGGUAAUAGAGUAUGUGCACUGAACAGGAAUACACAAGACCUAUUUACAAAACUUGGUGUCUGGGAUGCUAUGACCAGUAUGAGAGUUCAAGCCAUCAGGCGAAUGCAGGUAUGGGAGGCAUGCUCAGAAGCAAUGAUAUGCUUUGAAGAGAACCCUGAAGAAGGAUGCUUGGCUCACAUUGUAGAAAAUGAUGUCAUAUUGGAAGCCAUCAAGUCUAAAAUACCUGAUCAAGUUAAGGUGGAAUAUAGCUCCAAAGUUGAGGGCUACUCACUGCCAACUGAUACUUCUGCAAUGGUGGAAAUUAAUCUUGAAGGUGGACGCAGUAUAUCAGCAGAUUUAUUGAUUGGUGCUGAUGGAGCCAAGUCUUUGGUAAGACAAGCAAUGGGAACACAGUAUUUGUCUUGGGAUUAUGAUCAGAUGGGAAUAGUAGCAACUCUCAAAUUAUCAGAGGCCCAAGAAAAUACUGUAGCAUGGCAGCGAUUUCUACCCACUGGACCAGUUGCUUUGUUACCACUUUCACAUAACAGAAGUUCUCUUGUAUGGUCAACUACAAAGGAACAAGCAAAAUCUUUGCUGAGACUCUCAGAAGAGGAUUUCACCGAUGCCCUGAACAGGGCUAUAUGGGAUGAAAGUGCAAGUGACCCAGUUGUCCAGAAAAUUCAUGAAAGGUGGAUGAACCUCUUAAACACAGUAGCACCAGGACAAGGGUCAGAUUAUCGACAGCUUCCACCUGGUAUUGGGGGCAUUGUUUCUAAUUCCAGAGGAGCUUUCCCUUUGGGUUUAGGACAUGCAGUCCACUAUGUUAGACCCAGAGUAGUAUUAAUUGGUGAUGCUGCUCAUAGAGUUCACCCUUUGGCUGGACAAGGUGUAAACCUAGGGUUUGGUGAUGUAUCUUGUCUUUUGACUACACUUGAAAACUCAGUCAUAAAUGGUAGCGAUAUAGGUGACGAACGAGAAUUGUACAGGUAUGAAAGCCAACGCCAGAAGCACAAUAUAGCCACCAUGGCAUCCAUAGAUGGCUUAUAUCGUCUUUACUCAACAAAAGCCCUUCCAUUUGUUUUGGCUCGAUCACUUGGCUUGUCAACUGUCAAUGUUAUUCCAUUUGUAAAGAAUUUCUUCAUGCGACAUGCAGAGGGCUAAUAAUUUCACUUUUUCUUAACUACUUUGUAUGAUUAAUGUAUUAUAAUUAAUAUUCUUUGUAAAAUGUUCAAUUUUGUAUGCAUGUUUUAUAUUGUAUAACUUGUAAAUAGAUAAAAUGAAUAAAAA